AUAUUUAAUAGGAGGGAGGAGGAGGGCAGGACAUAACACAAAAGGAAGAAAUUGGAAGGGAGCUUAUGAAAGAAAUCAUGUCUUAUAGGCUUUUUUCUAAGCUUUUCAAAUAUGGUAAAAAUUCCUCUGCUUCUUCUUCUUUAUUUUUUUGCAAAUCCUUCAAGUCUUUUUCCUCCUUUCUCUUCCUUUCUGCCCAUUAAACAAUGAAAAUGGCAUAUUACCAAUCAUCCUUUCCCCUCUAUAGGAAACACCCAUCAUUGCUCCCAACAAUCCUUUUCAUCCUUGGAAACCUGAGCUUCUAAUAUAUUCCAUCCCUUCCAUUCUUUCUCUCUUAUGCUUCCCUUCACUUCUCUCAACUUAAAUACCCCCUCAUCUCUAUAACCUUUUCUCUCCUCUCACAAACACACACCCUCCUCCUCCUCCUCCUCCUUCUUCAACUACUCUUAUGUAACCAUCCCAUCACUGUUCUUUUUUAGCCUUAUAGAGAGAGUUGUGCUAUAGCGAGUGAGUGAUCGGUGGUCCUCUCCUGAUUAGUUAGUUUCUCCUCUUAAAUUACUACAAUGGAUCCUUCCUCUGCGAAUUCUCUCAAUGGUUUCUACUCCUUUCUAACCAGAGGGAUCGAUGAUCUUGAACGUGUCUAUCUCUCUAACAACUUCAUGUCGAUUCAAUUCCUUCAAAGGGUUCUCUCUUUAUUAAGAUCUUUUCACUCUCAGCUGACCUUGCUUGUCCAAAAACUCCAUUUGCCUGUUGGGGAUAAGUGGCUUGAUGAAUACAUGGACGAGAGUUCUAAGCUAUGGGAGGCAUGCCAUGUCCUUAAAUCAGGCUUAUCUGGGAUCGAGAAUUACUACUCUGCUGGAUUCAAUAUCACUUCUUCUCUUGAAAACCAUCGCCAUCUUAGCCCCCAGCUAUCUCGCCAGGUUACAAGGGCAAUCUCCGGGUGUAGAAGAGAAGCAGUGGGAUUAGAAGAAGAGAAUAGAGCUUUAAUGGAAACAAGAAUCCAACCACUGUCUUUGAGGUUUGAUGAGAAGAUUUCUAUUGAAUCCAAACUCAACGGAUUCAACGGUUUUCGUGGGGUUUUGUAUGCAAUGAGAAACGUAAGCUCUUUGCUACUGAUGAUCCUGCUCUAUGGACUAGUGUAUUGUUGGCCAGAAUCAAGUUUUCUGCGAGGAGGGUAUGAAGGGUGCUUGUUUUUCGGAUCAGCUUUCUUGAUCUCAACAGGGAGAUUGCAGCAGAGAGUAGCGGCAGAGAUAAACCAGAUAAAUGGGAGGCCAGGGAUUCUGCUCUAUGAGUUCAGGAGAUCAAAGAUGGCCAUGGAGGAGCUGAGAGGGGAGCUUGAGAGAAAGUGUGGACAAGGGGGAGCUGUAGAGUGGGAAACAGAGGUGGGGAUAAGAGAAAGAGUGGACAACUUAAGAGGAUGUUUUGGGGUGUUGAGAUCUGGAGCUGAAAAUAUUGUUGGGCAACUUGAUGAUUUCUUUGAUGAGAUCGUUGAAGGAAGGAAGAAGCUUUUGGACUUUUGCAGUCACAGGUAGGAAGAGAGAAGGGGAAAAGGAGUCAAGGCUCAAGAGAAAGAGAGAGAAAUAGAAUGAUUGAAAAAAUAAAAAAAAAUAAAAAAAUACAAGGUAGACGAAGCAGUUGUUGGGGUUGUUGUACCCUUAACCCUUCCCUCCUUUCUCUUUUUUAAUUUUCCAUUUUCCUCUCCUCCUCCUUCUUCCAUCCAUCAAUGUGGAUUUCUUGUUUUAUUACGGUUGCAAUGAUAAUUCUGUAGGUUUUGGUUAAAGGAAAA